AUGCCGUUGUCAUCGGAAAAAUUUGCUGACCAAUAUUCUCGUAUUCAACAACAAUUUAAAGAACUGGCACAAUUUGAACAACUAUAUACAGUCGUUGAAUUAACACGUACUUUUCAAGUAUCAUACCGUCAUUUUAUUUUACAAUUAUUUCAAGCUACUAUUCAAUGUGAAAAUAAUGAUAUGUUUAAUCAUACAGUCGACGAUGCUAAUGCACCAGAUAUCGUUGCAUGUCUCUUAUCAAAUUCAUUAGAUAAAAUUUUAUUUACGAUUCAACUUUAUUUACCAUUAAUAUCGACCAAAACAAUCAACGAACAGUUACUUGACGCGUAUCGUAAAGUUUUAAUUUAUCUUGAUUCAAAUAUACUUAACUUAAGUAAAUUCUCCUACAAAGAAGAACAAAUAAUAAAUCUUUCUCAACAAAUUUUAUUCUUUAUUCAAACAAAUCCAUAUUUAAAAAAGUUGCUAUCCCAUUUACCGCAAUUAAUUAAAUUGCUACAAACACAUAAAUUCCAAUCCGACGAACAACAACAAUAUCAUCAACCAUUACAACGAUAUUCAUCAAAACGAUCAGAUGUACCACUGCUAAUGAAUUAUUCUUCAGAAGGUCUACCACAAAAUGCGGUAUGUCAACAGUUGACUCGUUGUGAAACAAAUGAUAGUGGAGUUGAUUUAACUGAACCGUCGAUAGCAAAUUCAAAAAGCAACUUGUUAUUAUCACCAAACUCACAACAUUCAUUUGUUGACCGUUCUCAUCGAAUGAACUUAUCAGCGUCAGCAUCAGUCAAUCCACAUUCGUUUGUUGCUAAAACCGCAUCGUCACCAAUACCUGAACAUGUUACAGUAAAUUUUUCUGAUCGUACACUAUUGAAAUGUGUAUUGAGUGCUCCGCCAUCAACAGCUCAUUCCGAUUAUAGAAAUAGAAAUGGAGGUUAUUCACAAAAACAUGUACCUGCACUAUCAAAAAGUGAUGAAGAAGAGCCAGAAUUACAAAAAUCCAACGAUGAAUAUAAGUCAGAGGAAGCUCAUCGUGUAGAUCAUUCAAAAAGUUUAACACAAUUUUAUUCACUUCGAUAUCCAAAUACGAAAAAUAAUCAAAAUAGAGAUAAUGUUUCACAAUAUUUAGCUAUUGACGCCAAUUCCAGCUGUACACAAAAUACAUUUAUUCAGCCGAAUACAGGCAUGAGAGAUGUGCCCAGAUGGUUGAGACACCUGCGUCUACACAAAUACGAUGUUUUCUUUUCGAAAAUGGUCUACGAUCAAAUGAUGAGUUUAACAAUUGAUGACUUGAAAGAACUUCACAUAACCGAUGGUGCCUGUACAAAAAUGUUAUUGCAUAUUAAAAAAUUAAAAGAACGUUCAGCAUUAUUAAAACAAUGGAUUUUAGAUUUGGACGACGGACAAACUGAUUUAAUGCCAUUCAUUGAAAAAAUAAGCGAAUUACUGAUAACACCAAUCCGUUCAAAACAACUUGAACUUGAAAAUAAUUCUGCCGAAGAUUUACCUUCAUUAAUUAUGCAAGUUUUAGAGAAAAUCUAUCAAAAAUUAACACCUAAUUCCUCGUCCGAUAUCGGCAAUAGCCUCCUUGGUCUAUUCGAUCGCUGUUAUAAACACAAAGCUUUUACUGAUGAUCAACGUCAUGUUCUCUUACAGUGGCGUGGGAGUUUAUCCAGUAUGCUUCAAUCGUUAGGAAGAAUUGAAUAUAAAACAAUUCAACAUGCGCUUAGUCAUGCGUCAGAACCCCGUCGUACAGGAAAAGCUCGUCUCAAAAAUUUUCGAAGUUCAACAGGCAUAUUUAAUUCAAACCAUUCAUCGAAUUCAAUUCCAUUAUCAAAAUUUACAUCUGAACCACGAAAUAAUAAUUUCAAUGAAUCAAAUUUAAUUCAACGUCCAAAUCGAUCUCCAGCACAAAUCUAUCCAACACAUGAAGAACAAAAUCAAGCCUAUCUUCAAACGUCAUUUAGUUGUCUAACAUCAACACCACAAAACAAUGAUGGUGCUUAUUAUGUUAAUAAUCAUCGUCAAGCUUUAACUCGUAAAGCUAGUAUCAAUCCAUAUGACGAAUCAAAUACAAAUAAUAGAACAAAGCUAUGUAAAACAUUCAGCGAUCCAAGUAGAAUACGUUUCUACAAUCCAACACACGUGAAUCACAUGCUGUUACAGGCAUCGACAUGUCAGCCUGCCCAACAACAAAAUUUAUUUCGUAUGAUAUCAACACCUUAUUCUCAACAACAAAUUCAGUUUAUCUCACGUUCACCACCUACAACAGGAACUAUGGAUGUACCACCGUCACCAAUUAAAAAAUGUUUUACAGAAAACGGAAGGUCUGAUUACUAUGAGAAUCAUAACAAUAGUACACCAUUGUCAAAUACAAGUAAUGCAACUGAUAUUGAAAAUACUGAUGAUCAACGACAGAAUAAUACCGAAAUCGAGUCAUUAUGUCGUCAAAUAACCGAAAGUGCUAUGUGUGAUGAUAUUCAUGAUUCAUCAACUGAUUACAAGGAGGAAAUCUCGAACGUUAAACAAUCUUCAAAUAACUCGACUGAUACAGAACAGUCAUCGAUUGGCUGA